CUCUCAGUCCGGACUUUGAAACCGGAAAUCCUGAUUGUUCCGUUGGAUGCAAAAUUGUGUUCUUAAAGACUGAUUCUACCCGGUGCGCAAUCUGAGCGGGAGAGAUGAGGGUUAUUACACUGGUAUGUUUGGUUGCCGUGGCGAUCUGUGUUUAUGGGGAGGAACAGAAAGCAGUGUAUCGGAAACGCCAAUCCCAGCCAGGAAGGGAUCGGUCAAGCUCUGUAAGACCACCACCUAAAAAACAGAGUGAACAAGCUGGAAGGACUGCUACUACCGGGGGAAGAUCCGUGUCCCAUAGAAAACCUGCGGCUAAAUCAUAUGAUUCUUACUGCGAUUCAAGGACUUCUUCUUCAUGUUUCCGCUGUACUAACCAGGCAUACGAUGGCGAGGGUGCCCCCACUUAUUACGUUGGAGAUUGGAUCGCUGACUGUGAGGAUGAAUCAGAUGAAGAACCAAGAUCAUGUACUGCGACAACAUCAAACUCAGAUGAAUGUUUCGCCUGCCAGAACCCCGCGUCAUGGGGAGAGGGGGUUUUAAGACAGUUUACCUGCGACAAUUUUGAAGAUUGCCACGAUGGUUCCGAUGAAAGAUGCGAACAUAAAUGCAACACUAUCGACAACCCAGGAUGUUUUGCUUGUACUGAUCCAUCAGAGCCGGGAGAGGGCGUGUAUCACGACUAUGUUUGCGAUAACCGACAAGACUGUCACGAUGGAUCCGAUGAGAUUUGCUUUGAUUGCAACUACAGAGGCUACAGUGAUUGUGGUGCAAAUGAGAACUGUAAUUUUGAUAUCAGUAUCGACUUCGUAUGUGAUGGUAUUACUAAUUGCUAUAACGAUGAGGACGAAACUUCAUGUUUUCGGUGUAAAGACGGCUAUGGGAAAAUCGACUCUGAUUGGUUUUGUGAUGAUUUUUAUGAUUGUGGAGACGAAAGCGAUGAGGACGACUAUAAAUGCGGGAGAGUAGCUGCAGACUCUCAGGAUAAAUGCAAGUGGACAGAAUUGGAGGAGUGGAACGCCUGUAGCUGUGAUUCUAAAACACAGACUAGGAAAAGGCAAUGCUCAUGUGACUCUGGAUGUUCUGGGGAUCCCACCGACACAAGAGAAUGCUCGCCACAAAACUGCCAAACAGACCCAUACUCUGCAGGCGGUUGCCAAUGGAAGGCUUGGAGCGAGUGGUCUGCCUGUAAUAACAACUGCGGAGCUGGGAAGAAAUACAGAGACCGUCUAUGCUCUUGUACCUCUGGCUACUGCGGACAAGAUAGUAUAGAAGAAAUGGGAUGCCGUGGAAACAGCGAAUGUCCAGAGGAAGCAAGUGAUGGGUGUGGUACCCGACAAGGAGGGAAAUUGAGGAUCGUGGGAGGUACCAAGGUGGACCACCAAGCUAACUGGCCUUGGCAGGCUCAGCUCUUAUACAAAGGGAAAUUCCUCUGUGGCGGCACGCUGUACAAAAGGGAGUACGUCAUUUCAGCAGCUCACUGCUUCAUACCGGGGCGCGAACAAGCGGAGGAUUGGCAGGUGCAACUUGGCAAACAUGAUACGUAUGGAACCGCACAUCACACAAGUCGCGUCGCUAACCUCAUCUUCGACAACUAUAACGAUCGUACAUUUAUAAACGACAUUGUGAUUAUGGUGCUUAGUGAACCCGUACCGGAGCUAGACAAUAAGGUCAACAGUAUUUGUCUGGAUAAGGACAAGAGAAAGACAUUUGGAGCAGAUUCUAAUUGCUAUAUCACCGGCUUUGGCCUUACUGAAGAUGAAGGAAACGUGGCCCAGUACCUUCAGGAGGCUCCUGUACCUUACAUAACUCGAGACGAAUGCAGACAGACUGCGUAUGGUCACGGCGGUAUCGAAAGCAAGAUGAUCUGUGCUGGGUAUCCCGAUAUGGGUGGCAUUGACGCAUGCCAGGGCGACUCUGGUGGUCCUCUCGUAUGCACUGCUCCAGACGACAAGGACCCCACUAUCUCUCGUUGGUACCUCGCAGGGGUUACCAGCUGGGGUAGUGGCUGUGCUAAAGUCGGCUUCCCCGGGGUUUACACCGAUGUGUCACAGUACAUUGACUGGCUUCUAUCCAAUACAACAUAACAACUUAAUCGUUAUGACUCUAACUACAAUGAGUUUUCAAUUUAAGUAGGCCUAGAUAAAUACAAACGCAAUCACUGACUAUUGACACCUGUGAAGUCUUGCGUAAAGAAUUGGCAGUAUGGAGAAUAUAUUAUGGAAAAUAUGAAUAUAAAAUAACAACUAUACUUAUCUUGGUAAUGUUAGUAGCGGUAAUAACUUGUAAAUCUAUAUUUUGUGUAGCACCCCCUUUUGGUUGCUAGUUGGUGACAGUCUCGCGCAAAAAAAGAGAGUAGGCCUAUGAAGAAAUUAUGGUAAAUAUGAGUAUAAAAUAAAAACUAUUAUUGAUCAUGCAUUGUAUACUGCUUGUCACUGUAGCUGAAGUAACUUGUCUUUAAAAGUCUUUAUGUUGUGUAGCGCCCUCUCUCGGUUGCGAUUAUGUAGUCUUGUUGUUUUGUUAUUAACCUGACUUCGUGAAAACGCUGACGUAAUAUAAAACAACAUUACAUGCAUACAAUACAAACAUUGUGCAUGUUGUGAGCAGACAACCGAGAGUAGCUGACAAACACGAAAAGCUUACGUCACUGCACAUUUUAUCCAAUGAAAUCCUUGUAUCAAAAAAAAAUCAUUGGGUUUCUAAAACAAGUGCCUGUCUCAGUGUCCCGGUGGAUAAAUACAGGGAACAGGUCUACUUUGUUUGAUGCUGUUGAGUGUAAAAAUUAAAAAAGAGUUGAAAAAUGUUUCAAGACUGAUAACAAGCAUAUCCGUGCUCCUCUUUCACCAUUGUCAUGCCCUUUUUACUAUUACAAAAAAACACAUUAGGUAAAAUUACUUUUGUUAUCAACAACAGUUUUAAUCAGGUAGGCCUAUUACACCAAACAUUUUCUAUUUUACACUAUUUAAUGUAGUUAAAAUGAUAACUUAAAGUAAGCAAUAAACCUAUAUGCAGCUCAAAAUAUAUAGAUCUCAAAAAUAUCAAAAUCAUCAAUUAAUUCGAGAACAGUAAAUUGACAACAAAUGAUAGUUCCAACUAUGGACGUCACAACAAUGCUAUAAGUCGGCCAUACAACGGGCAAUGUAAUAAGUUUCAAAGAAAGUUCUUUAUAUCGUGUGGUUCUUGGAAUUAAUUAGGCCUAGGCCGAUGUGCAAGAGAAUACGUGUUGCACACAAAUUGCAAUAGCAAUUAAGAAUGGGACUUGAACAGAAAAUAAAAACAAAAUAAGCGAAAGAACAAUA